AUGGCCGACAUUAUGGAAGAAGACCCAUCGUCUGGACUACAAUCUUCCGAGGAAGAAGAGAUGCCGGUAGAAUCCUUGGUCAGUGGACGCGCGAAACGGAGUACGGCGGGACUGCACAUGUCUGCUCUCCUUGAGGCCGCUGCCGAUGAUGACCUGGCGCUUCUCUUUGAGGAAGUCGAAGACGAUAAUGAGUUUGCGGAUGAGGUAGACCCGGAUGCAGAGGAUGAAUUGCUUGAAUCGUCAGACGAGGAUGAGGACCAAGGACCGAACGCGCAGAACGACUACGAGGGUGAACAAAAGCUACAAAAAGAUGAGCGCAAGAAACGCAGAGCCCAGAAUGACCUCCGGUUUCAGACAUUGCGCAAACGAGUUAAGAUUGAUCCGACCGCGCCAUCCUCUAUGGCCGCCGCCCCUCGUCCGAAGAAAAAGUCAGAGCGCAUAUCGUGGAUUCCCACUGUGGAGGAUGGGCCUACUCGGCAAUCAUCGCGUCGACAGACCAUGGUCAAUAAGGAGCUUACGCAUGCUCGUCUUAAGGACAGCCAGGAAAAACGAGUCCGCAUAAUCGCUACAAUGAAGGAGGCAGAGAAGCGGAAGGCCCAUUUAAAACCGAAAGAGAUGACCCAGGAAGAUCAUCUUGCGGAGGCUGCAAGGCAAAAGUUUGAACCGCUGGGAGCUGUCGGAAAAAGAAAAGCGGACGAAAGACGCGCGAGGAUCGAAGCACUACAAAACCGCCGUCUUGAUGGUCCGGUGAUUUCCUACUGGAGUGGUGUAGCUACAUGGACGAACGGCCGGCUCACACGGGUGGGCAAAAUCGACAUCAAACCAAAGCCAGAUAAAGAAGAAUCGAGGAAGAAGAAAAAAGAAAAGGAAGAUAAAGAGAAGGCUGCGGCAGAGUCAAAGUCCUUGAAAUCUGCAAGUAUCGUUGGAUCCGCCCCUGCCUCUACCACAGCCACAUCGCAACCACCACCAGACUUCCAUGCAGUUGAGACCAUUAGUCCAGCAAAUUCCGCUCCACCUCCCACCUCCAUGUUAGACCAGAAAUCGCCUGAAAAUAAGCCACCCGAAAAGCCUGCAGCUCCGACUGCAGAUAAUGCAGACACCCCCAUAGUGUCUUCUGGGCCGAACGUCAGCCAAUCAGAUGCAAACCCUUCAGAGACGAAGGCAAUCAUGAAAACUCCUGUCGAGCAAAGCAAGGACAAUGCCGUGGAAAAUCAAGCUCCAGGGGUUGACCCAGAUACACUAGUACCACCCUCUGCGCGAGAUGAGCCCACCUCUGAAAGGCAAUCUUCAAAGUUGUCUAAACAUCCGGAGAAAAAUUUUGCUGUGGAAAUUCCAGCGUCUUGUCAUACAUUGCAUUCUGCGGGCAAUGACUCUACUCGAAGGUUGCCUGACUCCCCCACCAAGAACGACGAUGCCAUGGAUAUUGAUCAACCCCCAGCGGCUGUAGCGGGUGCAGAUUUUGCCAAGAUUAAUCAAGUUCCAGAAUCAACAGACCAGGCAAGUUUGGCCACUCCACACGUUGCUGGUGUCCAACCGAUUCCGGUAGAGACCCCUUUAUCACAUGCUGCUGGGGCGAUUGCCCCAGAGCUACCAGUGGACAUAUCUCGGCCAGUUGAAUCAGCCACGACUAUCAGCCCUGCAAUUGCACAGGCCCCUGAAGCCUCUCCGGCCACUGCAGCAACUAGUCAAGCCACGGUGCCCGAAAAUGCUCCAGCCCAGAGCCUAAACCAACCAUCCACAUUACAGUCUGAAUCCCAAUUGUCAAAUGGAAUAGUGAAGGAACCAGCGCAACCUGAGAUUCCAGAGCCCCCUCCAGUGAUUGAACAUACGGGACGCACUCUUACAAUAUUGGAGAACUUUGAUUAUGCGACCGCCAACCAUCGUAAAUACAGCAUGUAUUUCAACGCCAAGAAGCCUGCUCGUUUGACCAAAAUCUCAUCAUCGCUUUGCGUCAUCACCUCAUUGCCUUCGCGUUACCGCGAUCCAGAGACUGCUCUUCCUUACGCAAAUUCAUACGCGUAUGGCCAGAUCCGUCGUCUGCUAUCAGAAGGGUAUAUCUGGAGCUCGAUGCUUGGAUGCUUUGUCGGCCCAGCCGAGGCUGCCCGUGGAGUACCUGAGCGAUUUACAGGCAAGCCGGGCCCAGGUACAGUAAGACUACCGAUCGACAGGGAUGAGGGAGCCGAAUCGAUCACAGGGAAGGACAAAAUGGCUCUCGAUGAGGUUCCUUCGACACCCACUCCGGCUGGGACUCGAGCACCAGAGCCAAUGGAGAUUGAUAAAGCAUAA